AUGAAGAACUUGAUAAGAAGGAUAAGUAGGAAGAAGGAGCAAUCUUCAUCUAUGUCGCCACCUCGAUACUCAAGAUUAAGUUGUGAGGAAGUGAUGAAUAAUAAUCAUCCUAGACGUGAAACUCGAAAAGGGCGUGUGCCUAUUAUGGUAGGCAAGUGUGAGGAAGAAGAAGAGAGAUUUAUGUUACCUCUUGGUUGGAUGAAUCAUCCUAUUAUUGUUGAUUUGCUUCAAUUAUCUGCCAAUGAAUUUGGUUAUCAUCAAGAAGGAAGAAAGAACAAUCUUUAUGGAAAUCGACACCUCGAUACUCGUGAUUUUAUGAUAAUCAUCGAAGACAUGAAGCUCGAAGAGUGGUGCCUCUAG